AUGUCUUCUGGGCGGUCAGGAGAUCGGGGACCGCGCGAGACGAUGACAGCUCAGUCAUUUGUGGAUCUUAUGGCACUGGAACGCUUGGAGAACGUUCAGAUAUCCUACUCUCGCACCAGCGAACUUGAAAGUUUAGAAGCUUUCCAGUCAAAGGCCGUUCCGUUCAAUCCUGGAGAAGGUGCUCGUGCCUUUGGCGGGCAUGUUUACGCACAAUCAGCGUACGCGGCUUCGAAAACUGUAGGGAAAGGGUUCGUUGUGCAUAGCAUGACUGGGUCAUUCAUUUUAGGUGGUCGACUCGAUAUCCCGUUUACGUACAUGGUACGGCGUCUCCGCGAUGGCUUCAUGUACUGUACGCGCUCUGUCGAAACGCGGCAGGAUGGCCAAGUUUGCUUUACAGGAGUUUGCUCAUUCAAGCGAGGUGAGGGGACAAAGAGCUUCAACCAUCAGCCACGGACCCCAUCAGACCGCUUCGGACGUAUCCUCUCCUCAAAAUCGCCUGAUGACCGCGCUGUCAGUCCUGAGGUGGAUGCGGAAUGGUGGGCUGAAGUCAUUCGAGAGGCUGAUAUGACUGAGCGAGAAUUCCCCGGGGUUGAUGUGCGAAAGAUUGACAUGGAGGAACAUAAUAAAAGCAAAGACGUCCAAGAACAUCCCGAGAAAUACCGUCAAUUAACCCAGUACCGGCUGAGAGGCUCGCCCGAUGAAGACCCAAAUGCUAGUUUGUCACAGAUUAUGGCGAAGGAUCGAGUGGGAGAGUAUGAUAAUCUCUACGCUUGCGCUCAUAUGUAUUCUAGCGACAAAAAUUCCGUCAUGCUGAUCCCUCGGGCCUUGGGGCUCCAGCACUGGUCAGACAUAACGAGCCUCACAUUGAUGGUUGUCAUUCAUCAGCAUAGUGAUGCACUCAGAAUGAUCGACUGGGGGAAUUCCUCGCCAGCGGACGGUAAUAGUUCGGAGAUCCCGAUGAAGUGGUUUUUCCAGGAAGGAUGGACCCCCCCGGUCAGCGGAAAAUCGAGGACUUCAUGA